AUGAUUAUCAACCGAAAGCUGAAAUACACACUCUUUACCAAACCCACAGACCGGAACACUCUUCUACAUUUUGAAAGUUUCCACCCGAAACACCUUAAACAGUCGCUUCCUUACUCACAAUUCUUACGAGUCUUACGAAACAAUUCCCUUGAACAUCUACGUGGGCAACAAAUACAUUUGAUGUAUGAAAAAUUUCUAUUGAGAGGAUACCCAUGGCUGAUUCUGGAUAAGGCUUUGGAUCGAGCUAACUCUAGCUUUUUGACUCCUCCUUCUACAAUUCAGAAGAAGACGGACAAUAGAUGUUUAUUUCCUAUGCAAUUUAAUACUGCUAGCUUUGACCUAGCCUCAACAAUUCGUAACAACUGGCAUACAUUGGAAUUGGAUCCUUCCCUCCCUGAAAUAUUUCGUCAGAAACCUAUGAUGUGUUAUCGUCAGAAUAAAAACUUGAGGGACCUAUUGGUCAAGACGGACCCACGUCACUGCUAUAGACCAGUGAAGAAAGAAAACAUCAAUGUGGG